AUGUUACCGAUCAGAGCCAGCACGCCCAAGAAGAAAAGUCUGGUGCCCAACUGGAUAGAGAAGGGCCUGGUCGUCCUAUGGCAAGCGGCCAGCCGGGACGAACAGACCCCAGAAUGGAAACUUCGCCAAAAAGAGCGCUCCCUCAGCAAGUCAGCUCAGGCCAUCAACCGCUACUACAGGAAGACGAGAGAUUUCAACAAGGACACCAGCCCCCAGGACAGCGGCUUCCUGUCUGAAAUGGAGGAGCUUUGGCACAAGUUUCUCACACGUCCGGGCUGUCCCCAGUUCAGCACCAGGUCCACGUCCAUGACCCACUAUGGUGUCGUCCCAGACCUCCAGCUCCAGGACCUAGGCUACUCCCGUUUCCCCACACACGGCAUUCUCCUUAGUGGUGGUGACAUCGAGGCCGAGUGCCUGCAGCAAGCAACUGGGGUCCUGUCCGUGGAUCUCAGGCGGCGGUCAGGUUCAGCCACGACUCUCGCUCUGCCCGAGGACACGUGCGUCAGCUCUGAGACCUGGAAGGUGACUGAGGACCUGCUCUCUGGUCAGGAGAGCUUGGACACGAAGGUGGACGGCUGCCGGCUUCCCUUUAGUAAGAGUGCCUGCGAGUUCAAUUACCUUCGGAAGAAGAGUGGAUCCCAGGUGUUGAGCCCGGCCCCCAGCAACCCGGUCCUAGGGCAGAGCUACCCAAGGAAGUGGGUACCUUGGUACAUCUCUGUCAUCCACGAGAAGGAAGUCCAGCACCUCUCCGAGCUGGAGGUGCAGGUUCAGAAGAAAGACGAGGAGAUCCUGGCUCUCCAGGAGGAGAGGGAGGCCUUGAGAAAGCAGCUGAAAUGCUUCCUGCAGAGCAAAAGCCAGGAGACCUUGCUGAGCGAGGUCAUGAGGGAGUGGCCGUCGGGGUCCGCGCCGAAGCUGCAGGGGAGACUGCGCACCCUCAGAACCUUCUCCGGAGACGAGGAGGAGCCGGAGCACAGGCAGCAGAUGCAGGGAGAGCACGCCGUGGCCGCCGGAGGCAAGGACCUGGAAGGAGGCAGCUACGAGGAGGAAGAGGGCCUGGAAGGGGAGGCCGAGCGGGCGGCGGACGAGGGGCCGAGCUCCAGUGCCGGCAGGAAGGGGGCUCUGCAGGAGAAGCGAGGCGAGGAGGAGGAGGAGAAGGCGGGGAUGAUGGUGGCCGCAGAGGGGGAGGAAGAGGAGGCGGAGGGUGUGAUGGAGCUGGAUGAGGAGAAGGAGACGCAGGAGGAGGAGGCCGCGGGCAGGAAGAGGGCUGGCUCCGUGGCCGACGCCUUUGAGGAGGAGCUGAGAGCCCAGCUGGAGGAGUACGAGCAGCUGGUCCAGGAGUUCCAGUUCCAACUCGAGAUCACCAGGACCAGACACUCCCUGGCAACAGGAGCCAUCAUGUCUUUACAACGACAAGUGGAAAUCCAAGAAUCGCAACUGCAGAGCUUCAACACGGAGAACGAGGUGCUGCAGAAGGAGCUGUGGGACCGGAAGCAACAGCUGCAAGCCAUGUCCGACAAGUUCUCCAACCUCCGGGAAGACAAGAAGCGCGAGGAGAUGAUGGGACUGAUCGAGAAGGACAACCUCUUCCUCCGACAGCAAGUGUCAGAGCUGGAGAAAGAACUGGUCAAGCGGGAACAGACCAUCUCGGAGUUGGAGGCCAAGGUCAGCCAGCUGCAGGCCCAGGUGAACCAGAGCCAGGACCGUCUGCAGAGGCGGAAGCAGCUGCAGGAGGAGAUGCAGAGCAAGAACGAGAUGAUUCAGCAGGCGGAACAGCAGGUCCGCGUGGCCCUGGAGAGCACCCAGUCCAGGCUCGAAAGACUAAGGAACAAGAUCAUCCAGGCCACCUUCAACACCAUAGGAUUCAAGUCCUUGGCCACCGAGAUCUCUGACUAUGACAUCCUGGAAGCCUUGCAGUGGAUCAUCUCAGAGAGAACUGACUACUACAACCAGUUGAAACAGAAGGGGGUCAAAGUGCCCCCCCUGCAGCAGUCAGAGAUCUUAUCCUCGCCCAGCAAGUCCAAGAAGAUAACCUCCAAGUAG